AUGACAUCUCCGCGGGGCCAGGAGGAAACCGGAGCUCCUCCGCGCAGCAGCACGCCUGCCACGAGCUCCGAAGGCAUCGCCGUCGAUAACCUGCGAUGCUUCACACGUUCCCCCCAUCCCUACCAUCUGCAAAGCCGCGCCAGCGCCCGUCGCCACGGUUCACACACCCCGCCCUCCGAGCUGGGCGACCUUCUCCGGCCUCCUUCCUACUACUCCAGCAAGUCAUCGCGGACGCCGAGCGACAGCGGCACGGAGGCCGACGAUGAAAGCACGGGACUCCUGCGCGGUCUGCCGGCUCCGCCGCUACGGCCCCGGAAAGGCUUGCGUGUUGGCACAAAUGGCAAUGUCGCCGCGGAUACCGAUGGCUGGAUGCCCUCGCUCCAUCCCUGGCCGCCGCAGCUGGUGCGGACCAUGUCCCGGAAGAGCUCGCGGUGGAGCUCUGACACAGAGGCUGAGGGACGCAUGGCGGAGAAGCGUCAGAUGCUGAGCCGGAAGAGACGGGUCGAGGUCCUAAGGCGGUUGUUGGAGACGGCGCUGUUGCUCUCUGUUGGAGGGGUGGUUUUGCUGCAGAGAGAUGCGCGAGUGCUGGCUUGGGCGUGGAGGAAAGAGCUCGCGGCCCACGGGCUUCUGGUUACGACGUUGUAUGCCGCUUAUCCCUUCACGAUCCGGGCUGCGACAAGCGGCCGGAGAUGGCGCCUAUGGCCCAAGAACCGGCCUUUCUUUUCUAUACCCUCGAGUUUUGACCCGGCACCUCUAUUAUAUCCAGUUCUCGUCCCAAUCUUCGUCGCGUUGUCUCUGACACACCGUCACCCGGCCCUGGCCAUGCCCAACAUCAUCCUCAGUCUUUCCUCUCUACCUCCGCUGGUUGUCCCACUACAUCACUGGGCUCAUGGCUUCAGUAUAUCGCAUUGGGUGGUCACCUUGAUACCCAUCGUCAUCUCCGAGCAUACAUUUUUCGAUUCUACGCUACCCAAGCCACUGUCAUUACGCGGGUUUAAUGCGGAAGCAUUGACUCUUCUUUUCCCUUUGCAUCAAGCGUUGAUACCCACAUUAGACUUCUUGUUGACCACCAGCCUUCUUCCCGCCGAGCUGGAGCUGCUGACCACGGCGCUGAUCAAUCUGUACUUGUUUGCCGCCUCGCCACAGGCGCAAAUUCUCAAAGCCUUGUUGUGGCUGGGUGGGAUGUGUGUAUUUAUUUCGUGUCGCCACCUACUGCGUUGGGAGGUUGCUCUCGCGCGCAUCCCCAGUUGGAAGUUUCGUCGCCCGCCAAACCGUUCGCAAUCGCCCCGCAAAUUCUUGAAUAUGAUGGACCAUCGGAUCUGUGAGAAGUUGAGCAGAGCUUGCGUUUCGGAUGAACCCAUAUCGGACAGCGACGAGCCGAGUGCAUUCCGAAACUCGCGCAGGACGAAGACCAUACCUCCAAUCCGUGACCCCGAGCUCCUAUCCGCCGAACCUAGGACUGCCACCGGCGAUGUCUCCAUGACAAAAGUCCUCGAGCAAGAUAUACAUGCUAUCCAGCGACGACGACAUUCAAUCGCCACGUUCGAUGAGUUGGUGCGUGAGCAACGAGUCCGCACCACGCCCGGUGGCCGACGGAAGAAAUCCAUGGAGCCGGGGCUCGCCUCGUUCCUCUCGCUCACCGCGGCCCAAGCCCAGGUCCGGAAAUGGCUGUACGCUUUGUGUGUUUAUGCGACCUCCGUGCUGAUUAUUCUCGGCCCGAUCCGAAAGUACGUGGCUGAGUACGCUCUGCAUGGCCAAGAUCCGUUUGGGUGGGCGCUAGGAUAUCUAUUCGGCAAUCUGUCUGGGUUUCGAUUCUGGGUGCUCAUGCUGAAUUUUGAAUAUUGGAUUCAGCUACCCCCCGCGUGGAUGCGGAUGCCUCGUGUUGGCUUGGCUGGGCCGAGCAUCUUCCUCAGCUCUGUUGCCGAAGUCGACACGCGGCGCAAGUUAUUCCACGGUAUGAUGGUGCUGAUGUUCCUCCCCACUGUCUUUGUGGAUCCGACCUUCUGUGCCAUGGCGUUGGCCCUGGUCCUGGCGGUCUUCCUCCUGCUCGAUCUCUUCCGGGCGUCCCAGCUGCCUCCCAUCUCCCGCCCGUUAACAUACUUCCUGGCUCCCUAUGUCGACGGUCGUGACCACCGCGGGCCAGUGAUUGUGUCGCACAUAUUCUUGCUCAUUGGAUGCUCAAUCCCGCUCUGGCUGUCUCUUGCUGACCUACCCCGGACUGGUUCACCCCCCUGGACCGGUUGGGACGUGCCCUCCCGCGACGUCAGCAUGGUCAGCGGGGUGAUCUGCGUCGGCAUGGGCGACGCCGCCGCGUCUCUUAUCGGGCGGCGCUUCGGCCGCCUCAAGUGGUUCUGGGGCGGAGGCAAGUCGCUCGAAGGUAGUGUCGCAUUCGCGGUCGCCGUCACCUGUGGGCUAGUGGCCGUUCGUGCCUGGCUCUUGCUCGGCCAGUGGGCUGUGUCGGGAAUAGCGGAUCCAGACUCGGUGGUGUCCUCGAGGUCGUUCUGGCUGGCGACGAUUGGCAGGGCCGUCCUGGCCGCUGGGGGCACCAGUGCCACGGAGGCGAUCCUGACUGGAUGCAACGACAACGUUGUGGUGCCGGUGGUGCUAUGGCUACUGGUACGAGGGCUUGGUGUUUAA